AUGCUGGGCCAGCACUCUGUCCCUUUCUGGUCCCCGCGGUAUCAAGCACAUAUGUGCACUGACCUGUCCAUGCCGGCGCUGCUGGGCUAUUUCAUGACCAUGGUCUACAACCCCAACAAUGUGACGCUGGAGGCGAGCCCCAUCAGCACUGUCGCCGAGAUCGAGGUCGGCGAGCAGCUUUCGCAUAUCACCUGCGACGGGACCGUUGCGAAUCUGGAGUCCAUGUGGGUUGCUCGCAACUUGAAGUACUACCCCCUCUCGCUGAGAAAAGCAAUGGACGAUAUCGACGGCCCACUGCGCUUUGUGCCCGACACUUUCAGCGUGCGAACAUGCACGAACCGCUUGAAGAGUUUCAGGGCGCUAACGCCUUGGGAACUUCUCAACCUGAAGCUGAAGACCAUACUCGACAUUCCUGCGCAGCUGUAUAGGGACUAUGGCAUCACACCAACUUGGCUUCAGGGGGCUAUCAACAGCUACAACAUACAGACUGUUGGGAAGGGGGUUCUUGACAAUCAUUUCGAUAUUGGCGACAAGGACUCGCCGCAAUACUUUGUUGCAGCCACGCGACAUUACUCGUGGCCAAAGGCAGGAGCUAUAAUGGGCCUUGGCUCUGAGAACGUUGUCAGCGUCGACGUCGACCUCGCCGGCAGACUCAACAUCGAUCAACUCAAAGCCAAGCUAGACCACAGUCUGAAAAAUGAGCGACCGGUCCUCGCCGUCGUAGCCGUUGUCGGCACGACCGAAGAAGGGGCAGUUGACCCGCUCUGCAAGAUUCUUGCUCUCCGCCAGCGCUUCCAAGCCCAAGGGCUCUCUUUCAUAGUCCACGCCGACUCAGCUUGGAGUGGCUACUUUGCCACCAUGUUGCCUCGUGAUGAAUCCUGGGCCGCACUGCCGGGACGGGAUGGCGGCGGAGUAGACGGGCUCGUUCCGGAUCUGAGCCUAAGAGCUGAGACGCAGGAGGACCUAUGCGCGCUGCGUUACUGUGAUUCCGUCACCGUUGAUCCUCACAAGGCGGGUUAUAUCCCGUAUCCGGCGGGGGCUUUGGCAUAUCGUGAUGGCAGGAUCAAGAGUCUUGUUAUUUGGACUGCGCCGUACUUGUCACAGGGUGCGGAGACGAGCAUGGGGAUUAAUGGUGUCGAAGGGAGCAAGCCGGGUGCGUCGGCGGUGUCGACUUGGCUCUCGCAUCAAUGCAUCGGCCUGGAUCAAAAGGGGUAUGGGGCACGAUUGAGUGAAGCCUGCUUCACCUCCUCUCGAUUCUCGGCUCUGUGGGCGGCUUUGUCGACACCCAAAUACAGCUUUCUCUGUGUGCCAUUCAACAUGCUGCCAUCUGAGGCAACAGGCAGCGAGAAAGAGAUCGAAGAAGAAAAGCAGCGCAUCCGAGAUGACAUCUUGUCCAAAACAAAUGCCCAGAUUGUGAAGAACAACACGGGCAAGGACUCCGCUGACAAAACCAUGACUCUCCUCCGCGCUCUUGGCUCAGAUAUCAACAUCAAUCUCUUCGCGGUCAACUGGCGCUACCCAGGGCCAGAGGGGAAGCUCAACACUGACGUCGAAGAAGCAAACUACUUCAUGACCCGAAUUAUCAAGAAGCUCUCAGUUGACUCCCCCGAUGAUGCCACGACAACGAUCCCGUUGUAUCUCACCCCAGCACUUCUCGAACCUGACGUGUACGGAGAAUGCGUCGAGAACUACAAGAAACGACUCGGUCUUGAACCCGAUACUGGCGAGAGCUUGAUGGUCUUCCGUAAUGUGGUCAUGAGCCCACUCGCAUCAUUUUCGACCAACGAUAACUUCAUCAACAUGCUCGGCAACUCGUUCAAAUGCAUCGUGGAGAAGGAAAAACGCAACGAAGACGCGCCAGACUACCACAGCUUCUGGAUCCACGGGGCGGAGCAGGUCUUUCUCUCCUACAGAUCCAUGUUCAACAUCGCCAAGCAUCGGCAGCAAGUUAUCCUCGGCGUUGAGCUCGACGAAGCAGGCAAGACAGCAUACGACGAGCUGGUGGGGAACACCGACGGCGAAAUUGUUCUCAAGACGUCCCACAAACUCAAUCUAGAGUCUCAUCUGAAGAAGUUCGCCCCAGGCAAAAGCGUCGUGUUUCUAGGGAACCUGACUACCAAAUCCAACGGCGUCGUAGCAUCGGACAUCACAGUCAAAAUCGCAAGCGUGAUCAAAAACCGCCCGCUAAACCGCCACGCACAAGACGACAGCUACCCCACAGGCUUCAUGCCCUUCUACCUCUACGGGACAGCCACAGAGCAACACAUCGACCACGUGCUGCUGCAGGCGCCAAAUAUUUCACUGACGGCAGGGAAUGUGACACUUGGCUUGCAAGAUGGCGUCGAUAUCAGCACUGCCGUUGUCGAAAAGCGCGGCGUAAUCGUCACAUUGGAGGGGAUUCAAGAGGCGGCGAUGCAGCCGUUCCCGGACACGAACGAUGCCUUGCCGGCCGAGUUUUUCUUUCAGCCCGGGUGUGAGUUUGAGGUCAAGGUGUGGGAUGAUCCAAGGAGUCCGACGGAGAGUACGAGGAAUAUGUUGGCGGAAAUGCGCGAUAAGCAGCAGCCCUUGGCUAAGGGGACGCUGAGGCUGGGAAACGAUGUCGUGGUGGACGUUGACAAGAUUAAUCGUGAUCCGUACGGCGAAGUUGCCGAGUCCGACGAGACGUGUGUGAGCAGAUGGAGAGAGCGGUUUUCGAGGAUUGGGAAGGAGUUGUCGGCUUUCGAUGACAGCUGUUAA